AUGGAUGUCGAGAAGCCCAAGAAGGAAAGCUUGGCUCUUUCGGAGCCCAUGGAGGUUGUGAAGCCGAAGGAUGAGAAAAAAAGAACCGGCUACCAUUGGGUUAUGAUUGGAAUUCCCCACAAAGGCAAUGGGCUUGAUUUUGAGAAAUACUCAUGGGGACAGAAUCUCCAAGAGGUCACAAUUAACGUUCCGGUGCCAGCAGGCACUAAGUCAGGGUUUGUGACCUGUGAAAUCAAGAAGAACCGUAUCAAAAUUGGUCUCAAAGCGCAAGAACCAAUCAUUGACGGAGAGUUCUUCCAUCCUGUCAAUCCUGAUGACUGCUUCUGGAACAUCGAGGAUCAAAAGAUGAUAUCAGUGCUCUUGACAAAGCAAGACCAGAUGGAGUGGUGGAAGUAUUGUGUGAAAGGUGAACCUGAGACUGACACUCAGAAAGUUGAACCGUAG